AUGCAACUGUCACCCGAAUGCCUUGACGCUGUGAAAUACCGUGCCUUUUGGGAAGACACGGAAGAUCCUUCGCUCAAGAAAUUUUUAGAUUUUCGACUUUUGGCUGGCGACUUAGAAGAUAAGCAAACUGAGUACCAUCGGUACAACCAAGAACUAGAUACAAUUGGCAAAUUUUAUGCCGAAGUAUCUGAACCUGAACAGAAUGGGAACGACUGCGUGUCUGUUGAUGAGCUAUACUCCAUGAAACACCUUGAGACUCUAUGUAUUAUUGAGUACACCAACUACCCUGCAACCUGCGCUCUUGUAGUGGGAACGACUGCGUGUCUGUUGAUGAAUGUACAAUCUGUGUGCUUGCUUGUUCAUGAUGUCUCCUAUCCUUGCUUGCAUGGGUGGGAUGUCAACGGUAUAAAUCGUUUUUGGAAACUUCAAAAUGAAAGACAAAAUAUUGUGGUGAAGAUUGUAUUGAUUGAGGAUAAAAUCAAUAUGCAAGAGAACAAGGCAAAGGCGAAGGUUCGGAAGUUGCAGGUACUUCACUCAUUCUCCUUAUUACUUAAUAUUCUAGGCCAAAACAUUCAUUCACUCUUGAUCCCAUUACAAUACACAGGCGGACCAACACGUAACCAUUGCUACGGUAACAACGGGACAAAUUCAACAAUAUGCUAG